AUGUUAAUGCAGGAAGUUCUGUCCCUUCUGCCCCUUCUGCCCCUUGUGGCCGCCCCAGUCAUCAAACCCUCCAGCGUAGAUUCUUGCUAUGGCACAACUCUGCCAUCUCUUGCUCCCUCCACUGAUCACCGUUUGGUGCCAUGGAGGUUUCCGAGUGUUCAUUUCUCGGCGUUGAAUGGUACACUGUCCACGUGUUGUGAAUCCCUCAAUGAAAUUCGCACCGUGCUCGACCAGAUCGAUGAUCAACUGUUGGAUCUACUUAACCGACGAGCUGCAUAUGUCCGCGAAGCCACUCGCUUCAAGUCCACUCGAGCGUCGGUGAAUAUGCCCUCCCGCAAUCAGGCUGUGGUUCAGCAGGCGGAACAGCGGGCGAUCCAUAUCGGCAUGCCUGUAAUAAUUGCGCGAGCGGCCAUGGGAGCUGUCCUGAAUGGCAGCGUACUAUUUGAGCAAUGCAUUUUACGUAAUUUGACUGCCGUGGUUUAUUUGUUUUGA